GCAGCCCUCGGCGCCGAAAUCACCGGCCUCGCCGUCUUCCGCCCCACGACCGACGCCAUCACCCCCGAGCGCGUGAACGAACUCAUGGCACAGAUGCACGUCGACGUGCCAGCAGGAGGCGAAGACAUCUCGUAUGGCGCGUCACCCGCGCAGGUUCUGCGGUACUGGAAGCCAAAACCCAAAGGCGAAGGGAAAGCGCCUCCACUCAUCGUCUUCAUUCACGGGGGAAGCUGGCGCGUAGGCACAUAUCUAGAUUCGCUUGGGAGUAGAAAGGUGGAGUGGUUGGUGGGCAGUGGGUAUGCCUUCGCGAGCAUAAACUACACGCUCAUCCCCGCCGUCAGCGUGAAGCAACAGGUCCAGGAAUGCGCAGACGCCAUAUCCUUCUUCACCCAGCGCGCGCCCUUCUUCGGCUUCGAUGGUGACAGUAUUGUGCUAAUGGGACACUCGUCCGGCGCCCACGUCGCUGCGCUGUUGGGCACGGAUGCACGGUAUCUAGAGAACGUGGGCGUGGGAACGGACAAGAUCAGAGGUGUGGUGUGCAUCGAUGGAAGUAAUUUCAACGCCGCUGCGGAGCUGCUCGACUCCCCUGGCCCGGUGGCGGAGAAUAUGCUUGCUGGGCUGGGAGACGAUGUUGGUGUGCUGAGGGAUAUGAGUCCGACGUAUCACGCGCGAGGGCCAAACGCCGCCGCCUUCCUCCUUCUGCAAGCCCAGCGACACGGCGAUAUAAGACAAGCCGUGGAAUUCGAGGCGAGUUUGUUGGCGGCAGGGACGAAGGUCGAGGUGAGGGUCUUUGAGGGGGAGUUUUUCGAGGGACAUGUGGCUAUGUUGAUAAGGCUGGGAGAUGAAGGGUAUCCGGCGACAGGAGUCGUGGGGAAGUGGUUGAGGAGGGAGGUGCCU